CUCAAAUCGCUUCAAAACAUUGCCGAGUGCGGUUCGUUUUUUCUUUCGUCGCCGCUUGCCUACGUUCUUGUCAUUGUCGGUGUCGCUGCACUGCUUUAACGGUACAUCAGAAGCUUAUCAAAACUGCACGCGAAACUGAAAGUGUAACGAAAACGAAUAUUUGGGGGACAAAAAAAGUGAUCAAAGAAUACUGCUAAUCAAAACUGUGACUAAAAGGGCAUAUCGAGAAAUCACUGCACCUGUUUCCUGUACAUCUGUGCGGUUGCUCAAGUGUCGCGGCUCCCCUGCGUACCCCAUGCGGCACGUACGCACCUUUGGCUAUGGCUACGCAUAAAAAUGCGGCGUGUAUGUAAAACAAAGUGAAGUGCGCUCGUUGAUAACUUAAUGCAAACCGAAGGGCCAUAAAAAGCGAAGCAACAACAACAAGAAGUUAGAGGAGACGACGGCCUUGUGUUUGUGGACUUGUUCUUCUGCGCUUUUUUUAUUCUUCGAGCCAUCCAUCAAAGUCAGAGGCGGCACUAAAAAUCUUGGGAUUACACACCAUACCAUACCAUACAGCGUGAACCUAUUUGGAUAUAAAACUCUCUCUCUCAUCCGCUCUCAAGAUGCUGAAGCACGUACAAAUCUCACCGCUGCGCAAUCGGUCCGAUUCCGUGUCGCUGCGUUCCUCGAGCAUUGCCUCCUCGUGCGCCAGUUCCAUGUGCGGCAGUCCAGAGCCACCCACGGAUCUGCAGCGCACACCCUCGCGUGCCUCCAGUUACUCCAGCCUCAAUGAGCAGGUGCCACAGACCACCAUCAAAGUGUACACCAACUGCCUGAAGAUCGACAUUGAGUACAAGACACUGGGCAUACAGUGGGACACCACCAGCAAGGAGGUCAUAGCCAUGCUGCUCAGACGCUUGAAGAUGCGUCAUCGGGAUCCGCGUCUCUUCUACCUCUCCAUGGAGGUGGCCGUGCGUCGGGCGGGCGUGAAGACCAUUCUGGUGCUGGACGAGGACACCCGUCCGGCCAUCAUGCAGGCCUGUCAUCCCAAGGGCGAGUCCCGCUUCUGCCUGCAGCUGAAGGCCGGCGGACUGAUCCGUGUGCACACGUCGGCGCUGCAGCCCACUUCCCAGUACAAGUCGCUGGUCAUCAGCGAGGAGACAAACAGCGACGAGCUGCUGCAGCUGCUGCUGGGCUGCUACAGCUCGCUGGAGCCCGUCGAGAACUUCUCGCUGUACGAGGUGUGUCCCGGCCAGGAGUGCCAGCGGAAAUUGCAUCCCGAUGACCUGCCGCUGCGCGUGCAGGCGGAGCGGAUGAAGCGGGGCGAGAAUUGCCACUUCCUUGUGCGUCGCACCCCCAACUAUGCCCGGCGCCGCCAGCUGUUGGCCAACCUGAACGAGGCCAUCAACCAGAGCUUCGAGAACGAGGCCGCCCUGGCCACCGGCGCAGCUGUGGAUGAUGCGACCAGCCUGCUGGAGCUCUCUUUGGAGUCCGAGCUGUCGCUGUCGGAGGAUCUGCGCAGCUGCAGCAGCAGCAGCGAGGAUGCCGAGGACGAGGAUGAGUGCGCCAGCAGUUCCGGCUCCUCGGACAACUCCACAGAAUGCGCUCUGCGCCGCGACUUCUAUCCGCGUCCCACAUCCAUGGCCGCCUCGCCCACGCCGGCGCCCGUCGGUGUCGCAUCGGUGUCUCCGGCCCGCGCCUACAGUCCGGUGUACAACAUCCGCGAGAUACGCACGGCCUCGCACUCGUUCUCCUCGCUGGGCAAGGACAAGAAGCUGCUGGACAUUCACAUGAAUGCCCGCUACGGCCCAGCCGGCAUCUACAGCCGACUGCUGCCCGUGGCCGAGACGGAGGUGCUGGACCUGAACGGCAAUGCCACCUCGAAGCUGUCGGCGGAGGCUGUCAACAACAAUCCGGCCAAGGGCUUGGGACACUUUGUCUAUCUGUAGCGCGAGGAUUAGUCAACCUGUAAAUAGAGAGCUAAAUAUCAACUAGGAAUACGCGUACUAGCACUUAAACUAAGUAACCAAGGCACCAAGACGUUGAAAGCCUCCAAAAAAGUAGAAAACAAAACGAUUACCGUUUGGACCAAAGA